GAGGUCGCCAUUUCUCACAAGCCCACCAUUUCCCCUCAGUCUCCCUUGCCCAAGGUGAAGGCUCACCUUGGUUUGCAGCAAGGUCCAAGGUGAUUGCGUGAAGUACCGUCAGCCUCACGCGUGACUCGUCGUCGCAAUCUCUUAGAUCUGGAUUUGACAAGCAAUUUCGGCGUCAAACGCUUCUUUUUGCGUGAUCACAUUUGAACGAAUCAGAUCAAUGGCCAGCGCGGCGACGUCGCAUGCGGUCAGGCCAGCGAUAAAUGCGACAAACUGUACGACUGCGUCGCAUUUAACGCGUCGACUGUCGUCAGCGACGAACCUGUCGCUGGUCUCGCUGAGAGCCAUUCCGGUACAAUGCAGAAGCCGAUCAUCUGUAAGCAAUUCUCACCGCUUGCGAGUCACGUGCAAUGCAGCUAAACCAGGCUCCCAGCCAGCAGAAGACCCCUACCAGGUGCUGGGCGUGCGGCCGCUGGACUCGUUCGACGCCAUCAAGGUGGCGCACAGGCGGAAGCUCAAGGAGGCGGAGGGGAAGGGCGACGAGGCGGAGAUAGAGAGGAUCGACCGGGCGUACGACGCCAUCAUGAUGCGGCAGCUCACCCAGCGCAAGCAGGGCGUCACGUUCGGCUCCCUCAAGGUGUCGGAGGACAUCAAGUACGCCGACCAGACGGACGUCCUCCCCUGGCGCCCGCGCUAUGAGAAGGCCGACAAAAAGGGCAUCCUCAUCAACGCUGCUGUCUCCACUGUCAUGGCGGUGUGGAUGGUGGGGGCGCAGAACACGGAGUGGAAGAUCCUGCAGUUUCUGAUCUCCUUCUACAUCUUCCAGCUCUUCAUGAAGCUCGACCCCUUCUACCCGCAAAACACCGAGGAGGGGGAGAAGAGAUGGCAGAGGAACGGCCGGCGACUCACACGGGCCCUUGGCCUUGUCUUUGGCGUCAUUGCUCUUGCUUCACUGGUCCACACUCUUCUAAUCAAGGCCUACUCCCUUGCUGGGAUGUAUGUCCCUCGAGCCCUUUACACCUUCCAGGAAACAUUCAUCACCCUGUUUACAAGUGUCAGCUUGUUCUUCGUGGGAUCAUUCUACCGAUGAGUUCAUUGUGUGAGCUGUAAUGGAUUGGCUUUAUUGGUUUCUCUUUUUUAGGAGGCAAAAAACAAUGGCAACAUUGUACUUAGAUGCUAGACGGAUUGUAACAUGUGGUAGAUUCGAAGCCUUCCAUCAUUUCGCUAAUCUUGACGUGGCUC